GAGAGGGAAGCAGACACAUCUGCGGUGACUUGGGGGAUUCGGCUCGGUGAGAGGGGGGGAUACACAACAUUUUUAUGAUGCCAGCAUUUUUCACCCGGCUAAGAGGAAUAAAUAAUGUGCUUUGGGACUGCCUUUAUAUUGUUAAUUGCUUUGCAGGUUGGUUAUUCUUGGAGAGCGUCUGCUUUAUAAAUAGUUAGCCAGACGCUUAGAAAACUUGGUAGGAAGAUCUUCAUUUUGUGUCUCUCAGAAGAUAUAUCUACUGGAGAGAGUUUUCAUCACCCUAGGGAGCAAAGCGCAUUCGUUGAAGGGGGAAAGGAGGGCUUGUUUUAUCUGGAGAAACCGCCACCUUCUCCUCCUUACAUAAAUGUUUGCGUGCCGUUAGUGCUCUCCUGCUCUUCUCCAGAACAGACAUUUCGCGCAUACACGACCAGACGUGGACAUUAUCUGUCACACAUGCGGUCCUAAUAACACGGACGGACCUCACCCCCUUUCAUCUACCCAGCCCCUCUCCUCACCCCACUGUCUGAUGACUCCCCCGCGGACAGGUGGACUUGGUACGGAGCCGACUGUAGCAUCAUCUUCUUCAACACCACCACCAUCAUCAUCAUCAUCCUCAUUACCAUCCUCCUCCUCAACACCACCAUGUCCUCGUCGUCGCGCAAGAUUUCAUCCGAGUCAUUUAGCAGCUCGGUGGGCUCGGACUGUGGGCUUGAAAGCCCCGGAGGAGACGUAGGGGAUGGCGCUUUGGAGUCGGCCGACGAGAGCCGGGGUUGCCCGUUUUCCUCCUUCCCGUCGUCCCACAGAGCAGUGCUCUGGAACGGCCGCAGCCCCGCUGAGAGGUCGGCGUGCCCGGCGGGCGAGGAGCAGCAGGGACCCUGCGUACCCCACAAGAGGGCAACCAGGCGGCGAAGGGUGAACCUGGACUCGCUGGGAGAGAGCCUGAAACGACUCACUUCACCCACGACGCAAACAGUUCAGGAGGCUCUACAACGAACUCUGCAGUUCUACAGACAACAAGAGAUCAGGUGUCAGGAUGUUGGAAGUGGCGAAAGGCAGUGUGAAAAGAAAGAGGAGAGGUGCCCGUUUCUUGAAAACUCUGGUUCAGAGGAAGGCGUCCUACAGAUUCUGCAGUACAUGGCCACAAUAUUGGGAGUACCGUUCUGCGAGCUGCGAGAGCAUUUUGGCGAGGAAUUCUUUGGCCUCUGCUUCGAGGAAAAUGAGCGAGUACUGCGGGCUGUAGGCGGCAACCUUCAGGAUUUCUUCAAUGGUUUUGACGCCAUUUUAGAACACAUUCGCACCUCCACGGGGCGCCGGGCCUCCUCCGAGAGCCCUUCUUUUCAAUGCAAGGACCCUCGCGAAGAGGAGAAAGGUAGAGGGAAAUUGGAGAAACUUGGAAAUAGUGGUGACAGAGACGGCAGAGGGAAGGUGUUGUUUCUUCAUUGUUUCAACCCUGCACCUGUUGUGGGAUUAGUUAUGCCAGGUUUGAUUAGAGCUGUUGCCAGGCGGAUCUUUCAUUCAGAGGUUGAGGUGGAAGAGGUGCCGCCUCUCACUCCCCUGUUGCCAAAUGAAGAAACAGAACAUACAGAUUGUGAUUCUACAACCCCCACCCCCACUGCAUCCCCCACUGCCUCACCCUCCUCAUCCCCCUCCCCUCCAUCUCUUUUUCCAACCUCAGUUCCCACAGUUUGCCUAUCCUUCUUAAUCCAAGAGACUUGCCCCUCUCCAGUCUCUUCCAUCCCAAAUUUGGCAUCGGUGAGCACUAACCGCCCCCCACUCCCCCUAUCUACUAAUCCCAGUGAUCUUUGCAUUUCCCUGGCUACGUUUUGCCGUGCCUUCCCUUUUCACCUUGUCCUGGGACAUCGCAUGGAGCUGCUGCAGCUUGGAGAAGGACUGAGGAAACAGGCUCGCAUUGAGCCCCACCGGAUCCUCUCAUUUAGGGACUGUUUUGAGAUUGUUUCACCCAAGAUGGAACCUUCUUUCCAGGGCAUACUGCUGAGACUCGCAUCCCCAUUUACUAUCCGUACCAGGCCCGACCCCAUGCAAGCCGGCACCAAGGAGAAGGUGAUGGAGUUAAAGGGGCAGAUGAUCCACGUCCCUGAGUCCUGCUCCUUGAUGUUUCUGGGCUCUCCACGUGUUGAUAAGCUAGAGGAGCUGAUGGGAAGGGGUCUCCAUCUGUCAGACAUUCCCAUCCAUGAUGCCACACGAGAUGUUAUCCUGGUAGGGGAGCAAGCCAAGGCCCAGGAUGGCUUGAAAAAAAGAAUGGAUAAACUAAAGGCCACCUUAGAGAGGACUCAUCAGGCUCUGGAAGAAGAAAAAAGAAGGACAGUGGAUCUCCUGUAUUCCAUAUUUCCGGGUGAUGUGGCGCAGAAGCUGUGGCAGGGUCAACCCGUGCCAGCGCAAAAAUUCAAUGAUGUCACCAUGCUGUUCUCGGACAUCGUGGGCUUUACUGCUGUGUGUGCCCACUGCACACCUAUGCAGGUUAUAUCAAUGCUGAACGAGCUCUACACACGCUUCGACUACCAGUGUGGCAUUCUAGAUGUUUAUAAGAUUGAGACAAUAGGUGAUGCCUACUGUGUGGCAGGUGGACUUCAUAAGAAGGUUGAAAGCCAUGCAAAACCAAUUGCACACAUGGCUCUAAAAAUGAUGGAGCUUUCAGAGGAAGUACUAACACCUGACGGGAAACCUAUCAAGCUAAGAAUAGGUAUCCACACAGGUUCGGUGCUGGCAGGCGUGGUUGGGGUUAAAAUGCCACGAUAUUGCCUGUUUGGGAACAAUGUGACUCUAGCCAGCAAGUUCGAAUCAGGAAGCCAUCCAAGGUGCAUCAAUGUUAGUCCAACAACCUACCAAUUGUUGAAAGAUGACCGCUCUUUUUCAUUCAUCCCUCGUUCUCGGCUGGAGCUCCCAGAGAAUUUUCCCAAAGAGAUUCCAGGGACAUGUUACUUCCUGGAGGCAGGGACUUCUCGCAGCCACGCCUCACUUACCAGCUCUCGCUCGGCUCCUCCGGCCUCUAUGAGGAAGGUCUCCUACAGCAUCGGGACAAUGUUUCUAAGAGAAACCAGUUUGUAGAUUUGUGCACAGGUGUUCGAUAUGUAAACGACUGGAUUUGAAUCCCAGAAACAUACAGGAAACCAGUCACACAGAUCUGUGGUUAUGCAAAUGUGUUAUGUAAAAAGUGGGAUUGGAUUGGUAAAAAAUGCUUUCAUCGUAGAUGAAAGGGAACAACUGUCCCCAUCUCCCCUGAGCAGUCGAGAUAUUCUUCAAACCAUUUAAGGGACAGCAGCUGCACUAGUCCUUUAUCUAUCCUCCAAGAGGUGGACAGAUACAAUGAAAUUGUGGAGAAACCUUCAGACAAAAACUCUGCUCUAGCUGGAUGUCUUGUCUACAGAACUGGUGUCUAGUGGUCUACAUUCAGACGAUACCCAGACCAGAUUAAACAGAACUGGGUUAAAACUGAGAUAGACCACGCUCACGUCCACUGUUGCUCUCAUUUGCCAUGUGCAAACAGAACAAAACCCCUCUUCGUUUAUAAGGUGGGUGCUGAAGAAUGAAUUUUGUAUAACUUGCUGUCCAUCAUGUCCUCAAGUGCAAGAAAGACGUCUAAUGAAAAACAAUACAACUCUCCCCUUCCUUCAUUGGCAUCUGUCUUUAAGUCAUGUUAUGCUUUACUAAACAUACGAGCUGCACCUCAAAACUGUUGGCAUACGGCUAGCUGGCUGGGAUUUCUCAAGGAAACAACAAAAAGUUGAUUUGUUUUGAAAAGGUAAAUGUUGAAAGAGAAAUACCAACUAGAGUUGUACUAAUCCAAACUUACAGCCUUGAUUGUUUUGGAUCCUAAGCAAACUAUAGUGGACAAUACUGUAAUAAUGGAGAGAAACACAGUGCUAAAAACACAGAAAAAAGAUGGCUCAUAGCAGCUACUUUUUUGGUUUUUAAUUUUGCUUCUUUGUUUUUGCUGAAUUUCAUGUUUUAACCUCUUUUCGAUGAAAUUAGUUGUUGUUGCCAUUGACCAACUUGUGCUUACUUUCAUGUAACCAAUCAGAAUUUUUACCUACGUGUAGCAUUGUCUAAAAGCUUUGCUUUUAGGAGGGACAUGCACAGGUCAGUCUGCAGCUUGCUUGGGGUCACAUCAAUGCAAACAGUUAUUCAUGUGCAGACAUAUUACUGGCUUCAUAUUUUCACGUCCGCAGGAAUACCAGAUUGCUGUGUGUUUUAGUUUGUGGAGCUGACUUGAUGGAUCCGUUCACAGUUCCCCAAUCCAGACCUGAAAGAACGUUGAAUCAACGUUUUCACAGGACAUACAGGCAAUUUACAAACGUGAUUUUCUUCUAAUUGUACUAUUUAUAAAGACUGAUGUAAAACUCAUUCACUUAGGCAUGUAAAAAUUAAACCAAUAUACAGUUAAGCCCAAACUUCCUACCCCUGGAUUUUGUUUAAAUUAUUUUCAUUAUUUUCAUGACCUCCAAGUCUUUGAGGUUGAAAGGUUUCAUUGCCAUUGCCCUAAUCUUUAGCUCCCUCCAAAGAUUCAGAUCAGAUUCAAGUCAGGACACUAACAGGGCCGCUCUAAAAUGUCAGUAUUAAAACAAGAAACAUGGUCAAAUUCGAAGAUAAAUUUACACUUAAAUCUGCCAGGGGUAUGAAUAUUUUUGGGCUUUACUAUAAAUAAAAUUCAAGUCUACUUGUUUGCUGGCAGACUGAGUAUGACUUGCUGAAUGAAUAACUCAGGCUAUCCUAGACAGAUCCAAACAUGAUUAUUUAGAAAUGGUUAUCAUAAAGUGUCUAGAUGGCUUCUGGAUAGUUGGAUUUUUGCGUAUUUCAUAUACUUGCCAGAUUUGUGUUCUUUUCUAAAGUUACUUUUAUUUAAUUGCUUUUAAUCAUGUCCUGCUGAAAUUCAACCAAGAAAUUCAACCCAGUCAGAAACUGAAAAUGUGGUUAUAGAAACAGAAAUACAGAAAGAGAACUGAGCAUUUAAUUUUCAUGUUUCAUGAAGUACACAAACAUUCCCCAUCAUCGCUACUUAUUUUAAUACAUUACUUAUUUAGAACAAGUUCAGAAAUGAUAGCGGUUACCUAGACUUAAAUAACACAUUCCUGUGUGCUAACUUCUUAGAUUAAAAAAGCUUUGGUUUUUUUUUCUUUUUAUAUUAAUAUUUCAUUACCAGCUUGAAGUCAUUUAUAUAACCAUAGUCCUCCAUAAAUGCAUUGGAAAACUAAUAUCAUACCAACUUGAAAAAUGAUGUAGCAGGUCUUAAAAUAAUAAAUAAAAUGUGCCGUUUUGCUUCAAAGAUGCCACCAGCACAUUAAUUAUGAUUUUUAAUUAACGGUGUAGUUUCUGUGUAUCAUUCUGAAAGAUUGUCGACCAUGUGUAAGAAUGAGAAAAUGUUUUCUGUCUGAAACAUGUGCCAUACAAAAUAAUCACUUAUUGUAUGUUGGAUGCAAAAAAUAUUGUUAAUACAAAACAUAAGGCCAUUUUUUUCACAAGUAAUAGAAAGAAAAGUGACACCAGCUUAAAAAUGCAAUAUUUUAUAUUGGUAGGAAUAAUAAAUAACAAAAGUAUCUACUUUUAACAUACCCAAGCAGUGAAUCAUUGUCAUUGUGUGUAUUAAAUAAAUAAGUAAAUAAAUAAACAGAUGAAUA